UAAAGAGGUGAUGUCUCGAUCUCUUGAACAUGCAUUCCAAAAGUGUCGCGUGUCCUAUGAGGAAAUAAUUUUCUCCUCCAUUGCCUCCGCGCUUCUAGUAUUCUAUUCAAAGAAAGCUCUUCCUUUUCUACAAAAUAUGGGGGUUUUCUUGAUAAUAUUCGGUGCUUUUGCUACUGUAGUUGGGUUUGCUUCGCUAGUGUUUUUACUUGUCUCGCUGUAUUUAUUUCUUCUCCAUAAGAAAUACGAUCACUUACCUGGUCCAGAACGCGCAAGUUUUUUCUUUGGUCAUAUUCCACUGAUAAAGGAAAAUAUAAUGAAAGGCAGAGAAUUGCAGGAGUUGUUACUUGAAUGGUCUAAUCGUUACGAUGGAGUGUAUGUGUCCUGGUUUGGAGGCUGGCAUCCCUCAGUUACGCUUUCUCAUCCAGAUGCUUUGCGGGAAGCAAUUAUCAAAUACAAUUUGCCAAAGCCUGUCAAAUUCUAUCAGAGCAUGUCUGAGAUGUUUGGUGUACGUUUUAUGAAGGAUGGGCUGGUAACAAUCCCCUAUCAUGAGGUUUGGAAGAAGAAGAGGAAUGCCAUUAAUCCAGCUUUCUUUCGCUCACAUCUCAAGACUCUCAUAUCAUCAUUCAAUCAGAGCUGUGACCUGUUCAUAGAAACCCUGAAGCCAUUAGCAGAUGGAAAAACUGAGGUCUGCAUGUUAGAUCAGUUCCAUCGUAUCACCAUGGAUGUCAUAAUGAAGGUCGCCUUCAGUUUGGAUUUGAAAACGCUUGACGACAAAGACAGUACUUUCCCUAAAGCUGUUAACAAGAUGCUGGAAGCUGUUAUGUUUCGAUUCAGGAACCCCUGGCAUAAGUAUGAUCCGCGGACGUUUAAAUACCAGCGGGAAGUGGCGAACAGUCUGAGGAUGAUCCGUGAAACAGGGAGAAACUGUAUCGCAGAACGACAAGCAGCUAUCGUUCAGGGGGAGGAAAUACCCAACGAUAUUUUAUCCACCAUUAUGAAGCUUGAACUGCAAGAAUCGAGGGAACUGGAUAUUGAGGAACUGCUGGAUGAUUUCGUUACCUUUUUCAUCGCAGGGCAAGAAACUACCGCCAAUCAGCUGUCUUUUGCUCUUCUUGAGAUUGGGCUGCAUCCGGACAUAACACACAAGGUGGUAGAGGAGGUAGACAAAGUCAUCGGAUCUCACGUGGACUUCGUCGAGUAUGACGACCUGGCAAAUCUGUCCUACAUGACGCAGGUUUUGAAGGAAACAUUACGUAAGUACCCACCAGCCGCUGGCGUCAUUCGUCACUCCCCGGAGGAAAUCACUCUGAAUGGUCACGUGAUACCGGCGGGGACUGGAAUAGGGCUCAAUAUCUACGGGGCUCAUCAUAAUCCCACAAACUGGAAAGAUCCAGAGGUUUUCGACCCAGAGAGGUUCAAUGCUGAGAAUGCGCCAAAUAUAAAACCAUUUACGUUCUUGCCCUUUUCUCUGGGACCUCGCAGCUGUAUUGGGCAGCAUUUCGCGCAGUUCGAGGCCAAAGUUCUACUCGCUCGAUUCCUGCAGAAGUUUCGCAUCAAGCUGUGUCCAGGCCAGACCACGGCCCUCAGACAGACAGGAACGCUUCAGCCCAGAGAUGGAGUCAUGUGCCUUAUCGAGAAACGAUAAACAACUGUAUCGAGUAUUAAAGCACAGACAAAGAGCUUAUGCCGAACGCAGCUCUCUAGCAUAGAGUCUACAAUAUCUUACAAUUUUUUUUCUACUAGAGUUAACUUUUCAUGUUUUAGUACUAUUUUACAUUCUUAUUUUACUAUUUUAUAUUCUUCUUUAAUUGUCCUCUGCAACUGUUUUUUUUACGAAUAUAGAAAAAACUAAAAACUUAAAAGCCAAUGAUAAAUCACAGUUUUCAAUUCCACUGGAAACUUCGUCUAGUGAAUGCACUGUGCAUUCAUGCACAUUCAUAUUUCUUGAUUUGUUGAUAUUUGUAAUAUUUCAUCAUCAUCAUUAUAUUUUAGGAUUAAUUUUCCUUUAUUUUAAAAUAAUCCAAAACGGACCAAUAAGUCUACGACUUUUAGUAGGUUUUUUAUCCUCGAAAUAAUGACAACAUGUAAGAACAAUACAUGUGCAAUGCAAUACAAUACAAUGCGAUACAAUUAUCUUUAUUUAUCUGUUUAUCGAGGGUAGCAUAUUAAUUAAAUUUACAUUUUUCUAGCGCAUGGCCCUCAAAGCCAUGUAAGCUUUUAUUAUAUAUAAUAGAAUAGAGUUGAUUGAUUGAUUGAUGCUGUUAGAAACAUUAUCAUCCCAACAAGAAUUAACGCUUGGAGUUUUUUCCUAUUGUAUUUGGAACUAAAGAAACUCGGAUAUUAACGUGUAAGAAAAAUAUGUAACAAACAGUUGAUAAGAGUUUGUCCAAGAAAA